AUGCUUCAAUUCAAUGCAGGAGUUGAACCGUUGCCUUCCCGAAUGAUUUUCUGGAGUGAUACCUUUCUGGAACAUGAAAAGGCAAAUCAUUCCGAUAUUAUUCGGAAUCAUCCAUUUAAUUAUCGUAUGGAAAUUGUAUUGAAUUUUUAUAAUCAUAACGAUUCGACAACAGAAGCUUCUCAUGGUCUUGUUGCCUACGAUGAAGAACAAUCGUUAGAGAACAACAACAAACCAUCAAGGCCUUUACCAGAGGUCAAUUCCAAAGAAUUGAUUCAGAACAUUCUCAAUCUCUGCACGGAUUUAAAGGAUAAGAGUGUAGUCUAUCUAUGUUCCAACAUUCAACCCGUGGAUAUCAUUUCCUAUGUUCAAGAACGAGUCUUAACAAGAGAAGAAUCUUCAUCGGAUUAUUUAGUCUAUUGCCAUACACUCGGAGCUCAUACCGAUUGUUUAAGUGCCAACCAAAUGGCCAUCUAUCCCAUAUUUAAUACCUCUUCAUCAUCAACUCAUGGUAUUAAUGUUGCAUCAUGUUCAACACCAUUGGAGAGAGAACAUCAUUUACGGUUCAGAUUGGAUCAGGAUACUCUUCUUGAAAUUGGAUUGCAACGCAAUGAAAAGAACAAAAUUCACUCGAAAAAGACUAGUGCUCACUCUGCUAAUUUUGAAAGCGAUAAUUAUUCAACAGUAGGAUACAAGAUGCCUUUCAAACCAAAAUCUAAAGAAUAUGAACGAUUGAUGUGGUCUCUGAACAAAGAGGGAACAUGUCCAAUGCAUUGCUUCUUUGGAGUUUUUAGUAUUGAGAAAAAUGGUUGGAUUGAAAUGUCAGAUUUCGAAUCGUUUGUCCAGUCAAGAAUUAAUUCCAAUACUACUAAUUCGGAGGAAACUUUUGGUGCGAGUUCAACUGCAGAAAACAAAGUUUUGAUUAAAAAGACAUCUGGAAAGGAUAUUUUCAAUGUGAGAAUUUUGAAGGAGGAAUCUCUAGUAUUACCACGAGUUGAAUUGAGUAUUGAAACUAUUGCAAAAGGAGGUGAAAAGAGUGAACAGAAUAAGCAUCCAAGCACUGCUUGUAACACAUUGGAAGGAUUUUCUCAAUUACAGCAACUAGGUCAUCAUGCACCACCAUCCAAUCUCAUGGACGAAACAAGUGACAAUGAAGAUGACCAUGAAGAAGCUGAACAUGACGAAGAUGACAAUGAUGAAAACGAUGAGCAUGACGAAGUGAGUCAUCACUUGUUCUCCAUGUUCAACAAGUCUCUUUCCCCUUCUGAAGAGAAAGAAAUUUGUAAACAGGAAACAGCCAAGGCCAUUUUGACAAGUGUUGGAUUAUUGAGCGGAGGAAUGGGUUCAGAAUGUCUCAGCGCCUCAGAUGAUAGUAAAUCUUCUGAGGUUACCACUAGCAGUAGCACUACCCAUCAGGAAGAUGCAUCAUUCGUGAACAUUGUGGCACAACGAAAUCAUUUACUCUUCAUGAAUGCACUCAUGCAUGAUGUGAAAUUCGCACGGGUCGAUCAAACCUUUAUUAUCAAGCUUGAUGGAAUUUUACCACCAUUGUUUGUUGAGAAAAUAUUCGAACUUGUGUGGAAAGGAACUCGAGUUGGCAAAUGUUGGAAUGCCUUUUUAGUGACAGGCAUGGAAGACGCUGUCGUGAGUUGGAAAAAGUUUAAUCAUACGUAUGCAGUGAGCGGAGAGAAUGAUUACUUGUAUGUGAUAUUUCCAACCACUUAUUCGAGCACGAAACAACAGGAAAUUACACCUAAUUGGUUGAUUCAGAUUUUGAAUCAACAAGACGAGUUUUCGUAG